UGUUUCACAGCAGACUCACUGAGAAUAGUGAUAGUUGAUAAGACUGGAGCAGGGAAAAGUGCUACAGGAAACAUCAUCCUUGGGGAAGAAAAUGCCUUUAAAGAGGAUCCAUCCUUUGAUUCUGUGACCAAGAACUGUGUCAAAAUAAAUGGAGUGAGAUUCACACAAGAAGAAGCAAAGGCAGUGGAAUGGAUCCAGCGUAAUUUUGGUGAAGAUGCCUCUUCAUAUAGGCCUACAAUCAUACUGUUUACUCAUGUUGAUGACUUGGGAGGGAGACAAAUGGAGGAACACUUAGGAACAUGUAGCAAAAUCAAAGGAGUUUUUGAGAGUUGUGCUGGCAGAUGUCAUUCUUUCAACAAUAAAGAACAUGAUAACACCCGAGUCAAAGUCUUACUGCAAAAAAUUGAUGCCAUGCUAGCUGAGAGUUCACAACCAUACUACACCAAUGAGAUGUACAGGAAAGCUCAGAAAAGGAGAUUGGAAGAGGAGAAAAGGAGGUUGUUGGAAGAGGAGAAAAGGAGGUUGGAAGAGGCAAGGAGGUUGGAAGAGGAGAAAAGGAGGUUGGAAGAGGCAAGGAGGUUGGAAGAGGAGAAAAGGAGGUUGGAAGAGGAGAAAAGGAGGUUGGAAGAGGAGUUGGAAGAGGAGAAAAGGAGGUUGGAAGAGGAGAAAAGGAGGUUGGAAGAGGCAAGGAGGUUGGAAGAGGAGAAAAGGAGGUUGGAAGAGGAGAAAAGGAGAUUGGAAGAGGAGAAAAGGAGGUUGGAAGAGGAGAAAAGGAGAUUGGAAGAGGCAAGGAGGUUGGAAGAGGAGAAAAGGAGACAGGGUAUCUGUAAGCAGAGUUCUGAUGAGUAUCAGCUGAGACAAACGCCUGGCAGAUUCCAGUACUACUUUUCCCCAUGUGAUGCUGAUGUGGACAUGUACGUGGUGGACACCGACUAUGACGUGUAUGCCCUGGUGGUGGAGCACAAGCACAAGCGUAACUCCGACAAAAGAAUCUUAUUCGUUUCACUUUAUGGCCGUACUCCAGUACUACCAGAGGCCUCGAUGGAGACCUUCAGACGGGUGGUGACAGAGCAAGGCAUGACCGAGGACCAUAUUGGCAUCCAGAAGAACAAAGGUAAAGGAUGGCACAGCCUUAGUGGCCCCCUUGUACCCUCAGACCCAGUGUCCUGA